GAACAGACAAACAUGGCUACCAUCUGGUGACGUUUGUGUUCCUCGUGGAUAUCAAAUGAGCUUAAAAACAUCUGGUGACGUUUUAAUGUUCUUCUUGCGAUAGUUACUCUGAAAAAUUUUGUGAUACGGUGUUUAAAAAGUGUAAUUCAAGAUGAUGAACAUGUGGAAAGUUCGAGAGCUCAUGGACAAGGCAACCAAUGUAGUUAUGAACUACACGGACACGGAGGCCAAAGUCCGAGAAGCUACGAACGAUGACGCCUGGGGACCAACGGGGGCCAUGAUGCAAGAACUAGCUCAGGCCACAUUUACGUAUGAGCAAUUUCCUGAAGUAAUGUCAAUGCUUUGGAAGAGAAUGCUACAGGAAAAUAAACGCAAUUGGCGUCGAACAUACAAGGCACUACUUCUCUUGAAUUAUUUGGUUCGCAAUGGCUCCGAGCGUGUUGUUACAUCUUCACGAGAGCAUAUUUACGAUCUAAAAUCCCUCGAAAAUUAUACAUACAUCGACGAGUUUGGCAAGGAUCAAGGUAUAAACAUCAGGCACAAAGUCAAGGAGUUGAUCGACUUCAUUCAGGAUGACGAUAAGCUGCGAGAUGAGCGUAAAAAAGCGAAAAAAAAUAAAGAUAAAUACGUCGGCAUGUCUAGUGACGCGAUGGGAAUGAGGUGGUCGGACACUCCAAAAUGGAACAAACCGAAUCAGGAGAGUUACAACGACUGGGACAGAGAAGGAAGAGGGAAAGGCUUCGAAGAUGGAAAUAACAGUGACGAUGGUGAAAGAGAAGAUUCGGACAACGACACUCGUUCGAGUCCAAGAAGAACGGGAAAAGAAUAUAGGGACACUUUGGAAACUAUUGAUAGGAUUGGGAAAAUUACACCUUCUUUUCCGCCCUCAAGCACAUCACCAGCGAGAGGACCGAGGCCUCUGAAAAAGGUCGACUUAGGAGCUGCAGCGAACUUCGGGAAAGAUCAGUCAAAUAUAAUUUCUCCCCCGCAUGGAAAUUUGAUGACGUCACCUGUGAAGCAGCAGAAAAGCACAAAUAAUAUUUUAAACGAAUUGUUCGAGUCGAAUAAUGAGAAUUCGACGUCGAACAUUGAUAAAGACGAUGACGACUUUAAUCCUCGAGCCAACACGUAUUCUUCGCUGCCAACACAAAACGUGAAUGCGCCGGAUUUUGGCGAUUUCUCGAGCGCUUUUGGAGGUUCGACAAACAAGGUCAAAGAUAACGAUGAAUUUGCCGAUUUCACAUCUGCUUUCAAUUCAGGAUUGGCGUUAACAAGUCCGAUUUCCCCGCCACCGCAACUGCAUCAAACUGACAUUAUGUCGGGUAUUGGCAAUCUCGGCCAAUCAACCACGAAUAAUUUGAGCGGCACAAUGCUUUCUGGUUCUCAGUCGAACAUUUCUGCAUUCGACAAUUUAGGCAGUGGAAAUAUCUCGGCGCAAAAUACGACAUUGAUGGGAAAUAAUAUCUUUAAUUCUCUACAACCGCAAGGAAUCCACUCGUUGAACAGUAGCAACAAUAACACAGCUUCCAAUACAGAUCUUCUAACAGAUCUUGGUGGUUUCAAUGCUCCUUCCAUGUUAUCAUCGGUGGGACAAACAAAUAAUGUCAAUAACGCAAAUAUUUUUAAUUCCAUGAAUUCUACACCGUCUCUCAUCACCGACUCCAUAGCCUCAAGACCGGAAGAAACAUUGAAAACGGAAGAUUUCUCAAAACACUCUGCAGAUUCGCUGUUGAAAUUUUUGCAAUCUGCUGGGACCAUUAAGGCGCAAACGGAUCUUCAACAAUUGAAAAGACUGCUCGAAAAAUAUCUAGACUUUUUCCCUGGAUGUCUCACGCCUCAAAAAUACCUUUAUUUAGAUCAGGAUAUCGAAAUAGACACUCUGCUCUACGGAAAUAUAUUAGAUAAAAUCAUCGAAAUUUUCGAUCACAAUUGGCCCUUAUCGAGCAGCUCCUUAGAUCCCCUGAUAAAGAAUCUCUUCGUCGUCGAGGGAUGUACAACUCAAAUGUUUCAUGAAUCUAUUUUGAGUUUGACUAACGCCUUAAAGGAAACUGAAAAGGAGUCCAAGAUUUUGUGCAUUUCUUUUAUUCUAGACGAAUUGCUGAGGAGUGAUGCCUUGUUUUCAGCGAUCAUAAAUUCCUCCAUGAGUUGCCGAGUCAUGGAAGAAAAUUCGAGACCGUUGGAAAAAGAACAUGAAGAAAAGGCUUGGGAGAGUAUUGUGCAAGUUCUAGUUUCUCUGCCCAAUAGAGUAGCUAAUAAAGCAAAGAAGAAAAUGCCAGAUUCAUUUUUACCAAAGAUGUAUGCAAAAAUAAUCAGUUUUCAUCUGACUCGAUCAAUAUCGUUUCUAAACGAUGGCUUGCAGUUUGGGGUAAAAGCUAACGUCCAAAUACUUUCGUUACUUUUGAGUAAAAUGUUUCUGGUGAUGGAUUCAAGUCACCUUGUUCCUUUGAUUGAUAUAUUUUCAGAAUUUUGUUUCGAAAAUAAAGACGAUAUAAAGUCAUUCAUACAACUGAUAUUAGCUGGAAUGGAUAGACGAAGUGUCGAAACCAUAGUCAUUUUAAUUUUGAAGCACUGCAGUGUCGGUGUGAGUGAUAUUUUAGGAAAUUUGGCUACCAAUCAAACCUGGAAAUAUACCCUGACUACAAAAGUGCCACUGAUGUCAUGGUAUGAUGACGAGAAUUUAAUACGGAAUUUAAUUUCGUAUUUGAGUUCCUUUCAUAGUGAGCGUAUUUUGAAUGAAUUGCUACUGAAACUACUCGACAUUUGGGGUGAUAAGAGCGUUCUAAAUCACACUUCUUUUGAACAGCAUCUUUAUCUUACUAAACUGAUCGUUCUGUCAAUGAGAUCUUUAAAAGGCCGUUUGACGAUGUCUGAAAAAGUUGCAAUCAAACAAUUAGUUUCUAAUGGAAUUCGUACCCACUUGGAAUCCACGCUGGUCUUGAAUGUGGCGAUUGGUAUGAUUACGGGCGAGAUAAUUACCGAAAUUGUAAACGAAGAUGGCUCUCCGAAGCUACAGUUCGAGUAUGAAUCUCUGCAGGAAGAUGCUAAACUAUUGGUUCAAAAGAUCAGGCAACUGGAGAUUGGUCAGAACGGAUCUAAAACCAGGGACAAAAGUGAUUUAUCGCUUGGCAUUUUAGAAUUUACUUCUACGGGUGCAAGAAAAAUGUAUGAUCUGGGUGCCAAGUGCAAGAUUAUUGAUUUUCAAGUGGAAGAGCCAAAAAGUGAUGCAUCUAAUCAAUCUAAAGUUGCCUCUGAUGCUGCUCAAGAAAUUAAAAAUUUAAAAGCGCAACAUAUUGAAGAGGAACUGGACAGUGAUGAUGAUUUAGUUCCCUACGACAUGUCGAACGACCGAAAAAUCUCUGAAAUGUCGAGACCCGCCUAUCUCCGAGAUCUGCGAGACAACCUUGUCAACACGGAAUCAAAUCAAAAUCCCGAAAUAUUCUCGGAGAGUGUGAAAGUCGCCGAGGAAUUAAUUUUGUCCCAGCUUCCAGGUGAUGAUGCCUCUUUCGGCUUGGAACUUUUGGAAAUUCUCGUAACCCUCAGGGAAAAUUGUCACACUGAGAACUUUGAAGUUCUCACGUUUAGAGCCUGUGCGGCAAUCGUGACUGUAUUUCCGAAAGAGUGUGCCGAGUACUUGUGUCGAGAAUUCUACAGCAAACCAGAAAACCAUUCUGUAAGCCAGCGAAUUUUCUUCCUGGAAAUCUUAUCAGAAUCUGCCAAGAGACUUUCAAGGUUCGAAAUUCCUCCUGAAUCAAUGGAAGUUGAGAUUCCGAAGAAAAAGAAACGCCUCUCGAAACCAGUGUCACUGUUUAUAAACCCAGAGGAGAAGAAUAAACAUGAAACGCUCUAUGACGAUGAUUUUGAAGCGGCCAAAAGUAGCAAGAGUAUUGAUUGGGAGGAAAUCGUUCAGAAGAGAAUUGACUCGAAAACUAAACGAUUUGCACACCCGAUGAAGAUACCGAAGACGAUGCUGAAUAAGUUUGCGAAUGUGUCAACCUCUUUUUUCUAUCCUUUGCUCUAUGGAUUUUGUCGUCAGGGAACAUACGUCUACAGUAUCCCAGAAGAAUUAGCGGAUCAUGACAACUUUUUGUUGGUUGCUUUCCUAAAAACGUUGGCCACGAUUAUGGUUGCUGCUCAGAAUUGUCCUUCGAGUACAAAAAUGGGAAAAGAAAUAAUUGAUUUAGUUUGGAUACUGAGGUAUCACAGAGAGGCGAAAGUUAGAUUAAGCGCGAUAGAAAAUAUAGCUGCUGUUGUCAGUACGGUUUCAAAUGAGCGUUUACUUAAUGAGUUAUUUGAACCUUUGAUGGAGGUUCGAUUGUGGCUUGUAGAUAUGACACAGAAAGUCGUGGGAGGAGAACCUGAUAGUAAUUGUCGGAAGUUAGGGCUGCAAGUACUUUUUCUGAUUGAUUCUAUUUUUAAUCAACGUUAGUGUUUAUUUAUGAUUAAGGAGAUACGUACGUUGUGAGAGUAUACACUCUUAAGAGUGAUAAUAUUUGACAUUUUUAUAUUUUUAGUCGUAAAGUUGGUAAUUUAAGAUAGAAAUAGGUGAAGAAAAUUAGAGUAGGCAUGUCUUUGUAAAACGUGAUCUAAAAUUCGUCGGGGUUUAUUAAUAAAUUUUAAAUAUAAA